GAAUGUCCGCCAUCUACCCUCCACUCCUGUGCGCACUCUCAUUCAUAUCUACUUCUUCAUGAAUUACAGCUGAAAGGGUGGGUAGGGGGGAAUACCAAAAAUAACACCCCAGCAAACCUCCGGGCCCCCAGGCAUGGCCAGCUCGUGUGCUGUUCAGGUGAAGCUGGAACUGGGGCACCGAGCCCAGGUCAGGAAGAAACCUACCGUGGAGGGCUUUACCCACGACUGGAUGGUGUUUGUUCGAGGACCUGAGCACAGUAACAUUCAGCACUUUGUGGAGAAAGUCGUUUUUCACUUGCACGAAAGCUUCCCUAGGCCAAAAAGAGUGUGCAAAGAUCCACCUUACAAAGUAGAAGAAUCUGGGUAUGCUGGUUUCAUUUUGCCAAUUGAAGUUUAUUUUAAAAACAAGGAAGAACCUAAGAAAGUUCGCUUUGAUUAUGACUUAUUCCUGCACCUUGAAGGCCAUCCACCUGUAAAUCACCUCCGUUGUGAAAAGCUAACAUUCAACAACCCUACAGAGGAGUUCAGAAGAAAGCUGUUGAAGGCAGGAGGGAGAGAAAAAUGGAGGCACCAGGCACUUAGCCUACCCAUUCUGGAGCCAAAGGCCUUUCCUUCUGCAGUAAAGAAACAGAAAUGGAAGAUAAUGGUAAUGUCUGACGGAACGUCGGUUCCUUCAGGACAGAGUCUUAACCUCCCCAGCCUCCCCAGUAAUUCUUUGUCUUUUUCUGAUGUGAAGAAGAAUAAGUCAUCUCACGGUUCAAAGGACCUAAAUAGGAAUAUCCAUAUGAAUAGCAGCAGUAACAGUUUUUCAAAGCCCCACAAGUUAAUGAAGGAGCACAAGGAAAAACCCUCUAAAGACUCAAAAGAGCAUAAAAGUGCCUUCAAAGAACCUUCCAGGGAACACAACAAAUCUUCCAAAGAAUCCUCUAAGAAACCCAAAGAAAACAAACCCCUAAAAGAAGAAAAAAUUGUUCCUAAGUUGGCCUUCAAGGAACCUAAACCCAUGUCAAAAGAGUCUAAAUCUGAAAAUAACUUACUUACUCUCACAGGCGGUCAGCAGCAAGACAAGAAGGCACCUAGUAAAAGGCCCUCCAUUUCAGAUUCUGAGGAACUUACAGCCAAAAAGAAGAAGAAAAACACAUCAGAGGCUUUAUUUAAAAGUUUUUCUAGUGCUCCCCCACUGAUACUCACUUGUUCUGCUGAUAAAAAACAGAUAAAAGAUAAGUCGCAUGUCAAGAUGAGUAAGGUCAAAAUGGAAAGCGAGGCAACAGAGAAGAAGAAAUCAAGUUUGCCACCAUUUGAUAAUAUUGUGGAUCCCAAUGACUCUGACAUGGAGGAAAACCUGUCUUCAAAAUCUGAAUUCUGGUCUCCUGGGAAGAUACCAUGGGGAUGUCCAGCUUGGCUGAAGUUGAAAUUCUCUGAGAUGAGGUCUGAGCAACCUAGCCCAACAAGUUCUGGAUCCAGUUCCAGCUCCAGCUUUACACCUUCUCAGACAAGACAACAAGGUCCCUUAAGCUCUAUAAUGAAAGAUCUGCAUUCUGAUGACAAUGAAGAAGAAACAGAAGGAGAAGAAAAUGACAAUGACUCUGAAAUGGAGAAGGCUGUAAAUUCUCAAGGAGGAGCCAGAAGUCACAGGGUUAGUUUAAGUGAUGGCAGCGACAUUGAGAGCAAUUCUACCUCUUCACCCUUACACCAUGAUUUACCACCUCCUUUAUUAAAAGCCAACAACAACCAGAUCUUAGAAGUGAAAAGUCCAGUGAAGCCAAACAAAUCUGAUAAGUCAACGAAGAAUGGUGAUUGUGAUAAGGCAUAUUUGGACGAAUUGGUGGAGCUUCAUAGAAGAUUAAUGACACUGAGGGAAAGACCCGUUCUUCAGCAGAUUGUAAACCUUAUAGAAGAAACUGGACACUUUCAUAUCACGAACACAACCUUUGACUUUGACCUAUGUUCGCUGGACAAAUCCACAGUACGUAAACUACAGAGUUACCUGGAAUCAUCUGGAACAUCCUGAGGAUCCAGAACAUGUCUGCAUCCAAAACUGUUGGAAUGGGGUUUUUUUUGGUUAUUUUUGUCCUUAUGAAAUACUCUUAAAUAAUGCAGCCAAAAGGAAAACACAAACGGGACAAACUUCUACAGCUUUAUUUUUCAUUAAAAACAGUCAUCAUCUCUUAAUAAAGAAUUUGUUAAGUGACA